GUCAUCGUUUAUUUGAUUGGUCAAAAAAAUUCAAGAAAUCGUAAAUAAUGGAUGCUCCGCCGAUAAAACCCCGAAGGGAGAAGAAAUUUUCGCGAGAAGUCGGCGAAACCGGAUUAUUGGUGUCUGUUAUACGAACAUUAGAUCUCAGUGAGACCGAUGAGCAACGGGAACGGGAAAAAUUGAAGAUUGAAAAGGAGUUUAAGAAAAGCGAUCAACGUUUGAAUGAGCUCGUCUCUCACAACGAUGGCGAUCUCACAAAAGUCAUGCAAUUGUUCAACAAAGCCUCGAGUCAAGUCACAGCAGGUCGCGAACGCAUCCGAACUGUCAAGGAAAAUCUUCAGGCGUGCAAACAACUGCUUCGUUGUCGUCGCGAAGAGCUCCAAAAAAUGUACACGGAUGCCGUGCAGCACAAAUGUGUGCUCGAAAUGCUCGAUCAAAUCAAUGAAAUUCAAAAAGUUCCGCAGCAAGUCGUCACGUUCCUCAAUAAGAAGCAAUAUUUGCAUGCGACAAAGACUCUCGUGUCGGCAAUUAAAUUGAGCAAGACAACUUUGAGGGAAGUUGAGGGCUUGAGCGAUUUGCGACAAGAUUUCGAGAACAAACGAAACAUGGUUUACAACAAAUUGAUCGAAGAACUGAACAAACAUCUUUAUCAUUCGAGCACGAGCGUCAUUUUUACGAGUUUUCAGCGGCAAGGAUCGACUCGCGGAAGUAAUUUAGCGUCGCCAUUCCAGAGAAACAUGAUUCGACGAUCCGCGGAACGCAUUGAAGCGAAUACAAAAGCAAGGAAAGCUUUGUUUGAAAUUCAACAAAAUGGCUACAUUGACGUCGAUAAAAGCGAAAUAAUUGAAGAUACGGAACUUUUGGAUGCUGAUGUCAAUUCCACGUAUUUUAUUGGGAUAAUUGUUGAAUGUUUUGCAUUGUUGGAAAAAGUGCCUGAGUCGAUAGAGACAAUUAAAGUACAAAUGCAACCCGAACUACUAACGAUCGUAACAAAGACGACGCAAUAUUUGAAGAACAACAAUUUAAAGCCCGCUGAUCGAACAAAUCAAGAAAAGGAUCAAACAACGCCGGAACAUCCUCUCCUAACACUUCUUGACUUAGUCUACAAGCAAUUCAAGCUGAUCGCGGAAACGCACGCCUUAACCUUGAAAAAUUACCAAAAUACAACGAAGCGAUAUAACAUGACGGGCGUUACUUUGUACGACAGUGCGGAUUAUUGGCACGAAGCGCAAGCGGUAAUGCAGAUAAUGCUCACAGAUUAUUUAAACAUUCAAAGUGUUUCGGCAGAGGAACAGCUGAAAUCGAGUUUUCCCGAAGAACGAGUCAAUAUUAAUUCAUUUUUCAGUCGACGGAAGCCACAAACCAAUAAAAAAUUAUUCAAGUUCGAAAAGUCAGAUAGUGCAAGUCUAGCCAGUAAUUUACCAAAUUUCCUGAGCGUCGAGUCGCGCGAACACAAACGAAGUCAUUCGAAUGCCUCGAAUCCAUCAAAUCCCAAAGACGAUAUUAACGCGCAACUCAUUGCGGCGGCGAGCAGUGCAAAGAAACGCGAAAAAAUACUCCUUUGUGAGGCAGAUCCGGCUCUCAUACGGACCAUUUAUCUCCCCCUGAUGCAAUAUAUCGCCGAACUCGAGGACAUUUUCAAAGCAAAAACGGGCGACAAAGGUCCUCUGAACGCAUUUUUGACGGAAUAUGUGCGGGAUACGUUCCUCGCUCGAGGUCACAAUCGAAAUUUACAAGCGACAAUAGAGACUGUGUCGAAAGCGAACGACGCAUGGCGAACAAUUAUCUCGCCGGAAGAGAUGAAACGUCUCGGAUUGAAUCGUCCCUUGUUGCAAAGUACAGUUUUAGUCGAAAGUCGCAUUGCGGAUACGAAACAAUUGAUCGUCGAUUUGCCCACGUACUCGGAUGACUUGUUAAAGAUGGUUUGUUCGCUGCUGAAAACGUAUCGGGAAACGUGUCAAGUUGCAUAUCGGGGAAUUGUUCAACCGGAAACGGAAGAUAAGAGGAUUUAUAGUGUUGCGUGGCUUAAGGAUGAUGAUAUUAAUCGAUUUUUGAAAACUCUUCCAAAUUGGACAGACCUCAAAGCAUCCGGCGACAGAAUGCGCAAAGGUCGUCUCAUGAAAGGCGAAUCCAUGGAAGAAGAAUCCCCCACACAAAUUCAGCAACGAAACAUCCGCGAAGCUGAAAUGCUCACGACAAAUUUGGGCGAAGGAGGCAUCUCGAGCAUGGAAAUCCUCUCCGACAUCGGAGUUUUGAAAGAAUUGGCAAUUUUACAGGAAAGCAUGGAAUGGUUCGCCAACAGAAUUGCCGAUUUUGCGAACGAUUUGAAGAAACCAGUGACAACAAAUGGUUCAACGGAGUCAUCAUCCGCCGUGAAAGACGGAACAAUUAAAGUUUUGACGAAUUUGGCUUUGGAAUUCGAGGAAUUAGCGAAUACUUGUUUGUUAGUUUUGCAUUUAGAAGUUAGAGUACAGUGCUUCCAUUACUUACGCUCGAACACGAAAAACAAGGAAAAAAGUCGCGAUGUGUUUGAUAUGGAUCGCACAGACUCCCUUGAGCCGGAUGCCAAAGUAUUGAAACUUACCAAAGUACUUUCUGACAUGGAUGAGGCCCUCAGUUCGACAUUGCAUCCGAGAAAAACGAAGUACGUUUUCGAGGGUCUUGCUCAUCUCGUCGCCCGAAUACUCAUCAUGGCAUCCAAUUCCAUGGAGCGCAUCGACAAUGCGGGAGUCCAAAAGAUGGUACGAAACGCUCUUGCGAUUCAACAAACGCUCAGCUCAAUUACGGCAUCACGCGAAGUCGCCUUAGAUCACGCAAGAAAUUUCUAUGAAAUGUUUUAUUUGGAUCCCGAUGAAUUCAUCAACCAAAUCGUCGAAAAAGGCGCACAAUUCACCGAAAUGCAAUAUCUUCAUGCACUGCAACUUGUGUGCAAAUCCCGUUACAUCACAGACUCGAACACGCUGGCGUCGUAUCAACAAAGAUUGUCAGAUUUGUUGGGAACAAAACCCUCAACAGGCGUAUCAGUCUAAAAAUAAUUCGCUGGAAUUAAUUAAAAAAAGAGUAUUUUGUUGGAAAUUUAAGACUAAAUUAUAAAAAAAAAAUAUCGGAAACAUAUUAGAAAGAGAGCUUUAAUUUUUAGUAUUCAGUAAAAAGUUACUCGUUCGUAUUUAAAAAAAAAUAAAAUAUUAAAAAAUCAAAAAAUAAAUAUAGGAAUUAAAAAAAAAUAAUAAUCGUAUAAUAAAUAAUUGAAAAAUAAAUAAAAUGCUAACAACGGUGCUUUUAAAAUUAAAUAAAAAAAUGUUGUUAAAAAU